CAGUGACAACUCCAGGCAGAAUGUUUUUAUUUACAAUUGUGCCUGCUAAUUUUGUGUUUCAUUAGCUAAAAAUGAUUUCAAAGCGUAAUUGGAAGAGUGCAAUAUGCGUGCUUACCCUACUGGCAAGUGCAGCACGCAGCUAUAUUCUGCAACAGCCUGUGGUGCACGUGGAAAUGGAAAAGGCCGGCAUGCACAGAACACUAACGUACAAAGUGCAGUUCGAUUAUCCGCUGGCGGGCAAGGAUUGUGACUAUAUGCUGCUGCAACCGCUGCCGGCCGGCGUUUACAUAAGCACCGACGAGCUAGACGAUUUGCAACGCCUGAAAAGACUAAGUGCCGUCUACCCGAAGUUUGUGAACAUUGAAGAGGCCACCGAGAGGGCCCAGCCGUUCUCUGUAUUGCUACGAGGAGUGCCGAAGCUAAUGGAAGUUGUCACACUUCCAAUACAUUUUCGCUAUCAUGCUCCCAGCGAUAAGAGAUCCACCAGCGUGGUAGCUAUAGCUACGCCAGAACUCUAUCUUAACUGUCCGAUCGCUGAUAAUGAGCUGGUUGACAAUGAAUUGGUUGCCCGACCCGAUAAGCUCUACUGCCUGAAUGCGCACAAUAGCAGAUUUGACGAAAACAUCGUCUCGGAUAGGGAGCCGACAACCAUCCACAAUCUAGAGCGUUGCAACUGGAAGCAAAUACAUGUCGACUAUCAGCUAAGGGCGCCUUUGAGAGCCGAAAUACCCGUUGGCAAUACGAAUGCCUAUGCUCCCAUUCUGUAUGGCACCAUUAUACUCACCUGGACGAUGGCUAUUUGGACAAUGCUGCGCACGCUAUCCUCAUCGCGUCGCAUUAAUCAGCGACUCAACGAACAGCGGCAACUGCAACGAAAGGUCAAGUAACAUGCAACGAAAUCGGUACGUUUCCAUUCCAAUAUCGAGACGAUUUUCCACGAUGCUGAAAACAGUGGAUACUGUUAGUCAAAAUUGAUUUAGGUUCCUUUAACUCUCGUCAGACGAACAAAGAAUUUAGGAUGUAGUAUUGUAAAUAUUUAUUAAAACGCCUCGGAGCAAGCAGAGGCCGACGAUGAUAGGACAAUUCAAACAAACAUUUUAACAUAUUCGCUGAAAUAAUACAUAUGAAGAGUAAAACACAUCGUAAACUU